AGUUGCGUGUCUGAUUUUUCGUGGGUGUUUGUGGAAGUACUUCUGGAGCGAUUAUUGGCCAGUACCAAGUCCAGCGGAUCAUCUCAAAUUGCGAGCAGUUCCGUUGUCACCUGGGAUUUCUUCAUGAUAGCAUCUAAUUUGUUCUUCACGGUUGCCUCCAUCUGAGUUCUCCCUAGUUUUUACGCUUUUGAGAAACAUAAGCCUUCAAUCUAUCUAAGUGCUUGGCUUGUUCCCUAAACAAAUCAAAUGUUUUACCCUAUUACUAUAUCAAUUACUAUAUUAUAAACAAUCAUCUUUGCAUUUGUGCAGCCAUCGCAUCCAUUUGAAUGCCACGGAACCAACGCACGAGAGAAGUAAAUGCAUGAAUCCGGUUGCGAAGCUCCGGUUACGUCUCGGAUAUAUUCUGUGGCUGUUUUACCAUUGAUAUUUUAUAAUCUCCUCGUCGUUCCUGUACAAAGCUGGAAGAUGGGCUGCGCAAUAUCAGGAUUGGGUUUGGUAGCAAAAACACAGGGAGACAUAAGAGAUGAGGACGUUGCGGUGACAAAACUAAGCCAGGAACAAAUUGAAAUGAUCAAAGAGUCUUGGAAAGUUAUCCAAGAAGAUAUCGCCAAAGUUGGAAUAAUAAUGUUUGUCAGAUUGUUUGAGACCCAUCCAGAAUGCAAAGACGUGUUCUUCCUGUUCAGAGAUGUGGAGGACCUGGAGAGGCUGCGAACCAGCAAAGAGCUGCGAGCCCAUGGACUGAGGGUGAUGUCUUUCAUUGAGAAGAGUGUGGCCAGGUUGGACCAGCUGGAGAGGCUGGAUCAACUGGCCCUGGACCUGGGCAGGGGCCACUACCGCUACAAUGCCCCACCAAAGUACUACGGGUAUGUGGGGGUGGAGUUUAUUCGUGCUGUCCAGCCAAUUCUGAAGGAGAAGUGGACUGACGAGCUGGAGGAGGCCUGGAAGGCCCUGUUUUUGUAUGUCACUAGGAUAAUGAAGAAGGGCUACUGGGAGGAGGAGAGGAACCAACACAACAACUAUGUGGAGCCAAGCAAAGACAAACCAGAGAAGAAACACACCCGUCUUUAAGACCCUCCACUAGUCUUUACUAACCCACUGUGGCUUCUGAAAUUGCCUGGCUUCUCUGCAGUUUUCACCAACAUUCAAACCUAUUGGAACCAAUCAACAUGCUGAGUUAUAGCCCUCUCAAUUGCAGACAUACCCAAAGACUGUGUGACCAAUGGUUAAGCAGAGACACAUGUUACUAAGCUGUGUAAAUAGGUCGCAAAUUACUUUCUAUUCAUUCUUUGCACGUUGCAACAUCUCUAUUGCAUUCAGCACAGCCAGUACUUUUUCUUUUCUACCUGCUUUUCUCAUGCUUAACUCUUACUAAAGUCAUUAGAUUGAACACUUCUUGAAGAGUUGGGUAAGACUCUAAGAGCACUGGUGAUGGAAGAAUUAGAUGUCAUGAUGCCAAAAUGGGCGGGGCUGUCAUAUAAUUUUGCCAAUUGCAAUUGGUCACAGUUGCCCCACCCUCACAAACAAUCAGCCCCAUUAAAGGUCUUCUCUUCCGUUGGCCUUCUCACAGUAUAUCUGCAGUGAGAAGUACUUGGCUAAUCGGAGUCGGCAUCAGUGUGCCAGAAAGACUGUGAUUAUGACAUCAUAAAUGGGAUGGGCUUGGUUGGUGUAAUUAUAUGUUUGUCUACUGAAGGUAGUUUGUGUCCUUGGAAAAGGACAUCAUACCAGGUAGGAUAGUGAAGAACAUAAAUACCUUUUUUCUGUCAUUUUUCUGAUUUUCUGUCAUGUGUGAUGGUCCAGCAUGACAGCAAGCCCUGCAUUUUAAAUGCCAAAGCCCAUUUUCUGGAUAAAUUAUGGUUUUUCUAGAAUAACUUGGCCAACACCCCACAACAGUGACCAACAGGCGGGAAAUGUUAAUGUUAUAAGUGUUAAAGAUAUUCCAUGAUUUUUCCCAAGAAAUCCACCAUAGAUACCUAUAACAGGGCUUGCCUGUUUUCUAUGAACUGUACACAUUAACGUACACAUAUUCAGCAUGUACAAUCUACGUCUGUCAGAGAUCAUGUAAGCGCUCUCUGAGCUAAAUGCUCACUGUACCUGUGUCUGUUGCAUUCGUUUAGAAAUCUCCUCCAAAUGUUGAAAGUCAGCUAAUAGAAGCAUAGCCCUUAUGUACAUUCUUUGACUAAUUAGCCUAUUUUUCAGUUGGGAUCCAAUAUGACUGUGGUAUUGUCAGAACAAUGGUAGAAAUGGAUGCAUACAUUGAUGCACACAUACCAUUAUUUUUUGGUGCCCUGCUUGUAAACUUGUAAAUGUUUAAAAUGUAUAAUAAACAUCGUUAUUGAAAACAUGUAAAUAUCACCCAAAUACAAACUGUGACAAGGACUCUCCUCAUUGUUAGUACAAACAAUUUCAACAUUCACACAUGUGUACCCUGCAUAUCCUAAGACGAAAGUUCACUUCAGAAGUCCUGAUCGAGUAGGUACUGUGAUUUAAUCAGGACUGAAGACCAGGCUCAUUGUGAAUGAGACUGAAAAUGUGUGGAAACUUCUGGGGAAUUCAAGCCGUUAUCCAACCACUGUCCAGUCAAUAGAUGUGAAUACUCCGCUGUCAUUGUGGGCUGCAUUUCUAAUGAUACUCUGGUCAUGCAUGCUAGUGCUAGAAAUCUGGCAAACCAACUUUAAUAUUAUUACCAUUUAGUCCAUAGCAAUUUAGGCUUUCUUAUAGAGAUAUUUUACAGUACAAAUUUAAAUUCUCACCUCUGGGUAAGUAUAAAAAUAUUUGUAAUGCUCCCUAUAUUUCUGUGCACAGCCUAAUACCAACUCUGAUAUCGCUAGCUAUGAAGUAUUUUAGCUGCAUAUGCUCACAUUUUAGCGAUUGCACCUAAACACCGACAGCAACUUUUUCUUAUACAGCAGUCUGGAGGACUGAAACACCCUGGGAAGAUAACAUUUAAGCCAAUGAUCAAUUUCCAUUAAACAUCAUUCUGUGUUGAAUGAACGUACUGCAAUACUGUAUUUUGACAGCAGAUGGAACUAAAAUUAAAGCUGCUGUAUCAGUUUCACACUGUAUGAACUAUUUUCCCACAAUGACUGAAAUUUGUUCUGAACCAUAUUUUCUCCCGCUUUAAGAGGCACAAUCAUAUACAUUGCUCAGUAACAACACAUCACAGUAUAUUACAUACUGAUUUUUUCUUUCUGUACCUGGAUCUGUUGAUGCAUUUACCUAUGUUUGACCAUCACCUUGUUUUUUUUUGUUUGUUUUUUUUUUUGCUUUUUGAGGAACCCAGUGAGAAAUGCACUGCAUAUUAAUUUUGCAGUG